AUGUCCCCAAACAGCGCCCACGCCACAUCCCUCGCCUCGCUGGACACAACGUCCACACUCGCGGAGUUACACGUCCUGGACAGGUCAAUCGCACGGCUCUACCACUGGCUCAAAGUAACUAGCCCCCUCACAUCCGACGCGCCUCCCAAACUCAAGGGCAGGGCACAGCGGAAGCUUAUCGCUAUAAGCAAUAUGCACACCCAGAAAGAGAGUAAGCGGGAUCAGGUACGUACCAAGUUGUUCGGCGCCGCGAGCGGCCACGAUGGCCACGUCACCGAGUCUGGUGUCGGGGAAGAUGGUCAGUCCAGCGACGACGACAGUGGCGCCAGCAGCGACGAUGACAGUGGCGCCAGACAGCAACACGCACAAGACCAACUUCUGCCCGUUCGCCGACGUGUCUCGCCGCCACUCGAGCACCGCAAAUAUCGCGUCAUGAGCCCCCCGCCAACUUUCCCGCAGAACUGGGAUGAGUUCCGCUUAUCUGAUAUUCGAUUUGGAUAA